GUCACGUGAAAAUAACAGCAUGAUUAUCGAUUGGCGAAAAGUUGCUCCCUUUUAUUCGAAGAAUAGAGUAAUUCAACAAAUUUAACAAAACUAAACUUCCACGCUACAUCCAAAGAAAUAAGAAAUACGGAAGCUCAGUAAAUCGUGGUUUUAUGAUCUUGGAUUAAUAUCGCCGGGCGAGGGAAGCCAUUUGAUGAUCAAUUUCGCCUUUGAUGCCCCUUCUUCUAAGUGAAGAUGGAAUUUGGAUGGCGUUCGAAGUCACUUUGAAAAGUUGCAUAACGUGAGGAAAGAAAAUCGGCUUUAAUUAAGCCAAUAGAGCUCCCAUGAAACCGGGCAGGUUUGGUUUUCCCUUUGCGGGAAAGAAACUACUUCUAUAUGGCGUCGUUUUCGUAUUUUUGGCUCUAAAUUUAGCAGGAGAAGUGAAUGCUGCUUGUGAUUGCGGAGUAGAUUGUCCCUGCGAUCAGUCAAACUGUACUGCCGGAACUUAUUGGCAAACCGGGAUUUGUGUUCAAUGUCCUGCCGGUCACUACUGUGCCGGUAAUUCUAGUGCCCCGACACCCUGUGUCGCAGGAACAGCCAAUUCCAACACUGGCUCCUCUGAUUCAUCUGCAUGUGUGAGCUGUUCUGCAGGCUAUAAUGCUACGGAGGGCUCCACAGCGUGUUCCGCGUGUCCCGCUGGCUACGAGUGCAGUGGGGGCACUGCAUCCCUAUGUACUGCUGGUCAGUACUCAACAGUGGGUUCUCCAAGUGGUUGUCAGACUUGUCCUUCCAAUAAAGUGUGUGCCGACCCAAGCCAGCUACCCCAGAAUUGUCCUGCCGGUGAAGAAGUAGCGGCAUCCAAGGCAGCAUGUCAACCAUGUGCUGCGGGAGAGUACUCUAACACUGGAGAGGCCUGUCAACCAUGUACGACAGGCUACUUCAGUCUGGGUGGGGCAAGCAGCUGCACCCCAUGCUCCAUUGGACAUCAAUGUUCCAACCAAACUAUUGCCCCAGUGCGCUGUUCUCCAGGAGAGUAUGCACCUGCUGGUCAGGCAAACUGUACAGCAUGCGAGGCUGGUACAUACUGUCCUGAUGUUCCACUAGCAUCACCAUACAUGUGUACUAACGGCACCUACUCCAAUGGCCAGCGUCAGACCAGCUGUCAAACAUGCCAGGCUGGGUACAGGUGUGGAUCAGGUGCUACAUCAGAGACAGCUUGCGGGGAUGGGACGUACAGCAAGGAGGGUUCUGACACGUGUACUGAGUGCCCAGCAGGUCACAGCUGUGCAUCAAAAUCAGCAGACCCUGUCAAAUGCCUAGCAAAGCAGUAUGCCCCUUCAGGUAGCCUGGCCUGUAUAGACUGCCCAGUUGGGUCAUACUGCCCUACCGAUGGUCUGUCAUAUCAUAUUACAUGCGCUAAUGGCACAUACACCACAGCCGUCAAUCAAACUGAAUGUGCAACAUGUCCUGCGGGCUCCAAGUGUCCUGAUGUCACGCAAGCACCCGUGGCUUGUACAAAUGGGUAUUAUAGUGGGGAUGGAGCCACUGAAUGCACACUUUGCCCUGCUGGCUACAGCUGUGCCAUAAAGUCAUCACCACCUGUGCAAUGCCUAGAAGGACAGUUUUCCCCAACUGGACAAACCUCAUGUAAAGAUUGUCCUGUUGGCUCAUACUGUCCCUACAACGGCCUCACAAGUCCUGUGACAUGUGUUAACGGCACUUACACUAACACUGUUAAUAACACCGCAUGCAACACUUGUCCCGCUGGGUCUAAAUGUGCUGAUGUCACCCAGUCUCCUGUGGCAUGUCCUAAUGGAUACUAUAGUGGGGAAGGAGCUACGGAUUGUACACUUUGCCCACCAGGCCACAGUUGUCAGAAUAAGGCCUUGGCACCAGUCCCAUGCACAUCAGGGUCUUUUGCCCCAGAAGGAACACACACUGCAUGUCUGGCAUGUCCGGCCGGGUCAUACUGCCCCUCGGACAAACUCUCUACCCACUUACCAUGUCCAAAUGGUACUUACACAACCACGCCUAGCCAGACGGGGUGCAGUGACUGCCCUCCAGGGCACAGGUGUCCACAUGCGGCCAGUGCUCCGGUGGUGUGUGAUAAUGGGACAUUCAGCCUGGGGAAGACAACAGAGUGUACCAUCUGCCCAGCUGGAUACAGUUGCCCAAGUGGUUCAGCACCAGUCUUGUGCACAAAUGGCACUUACGUACAUCAGACGGUCUCUCGUUGCGAACCCUGUCCUAAGGGUGCUUUUUGCCCGUAUGAUGGCAUAGCGAACUUUAUCCUUUGCGGCCCGGGCACUUAUACAGACACUCUAAGCAGCACUACAUGCAAAACGUGCCCUGCUGGGUCUAAGUGUCCCAGCUGGGCUAUGCAGGCACCUGAGCCAUGCCCAAGUGGUACCUAUGCCAAUACGACAGGUGCAACAGCCUGUAUUCUUUGUCCAGAGGGUCAUAGUUGUCAGAAUAAGGCCUUGGCACCAGUCCCAUGCACAUCAGGGUCUUAUGCCCCAGAAGGAACACACACUGCAUGUCUGGCAUGUCCGGCUGGGUCUUACUGCCCCUCGGACAAACUCUCUACCCACUUACCAUGUCCAAAUGGUACUUACACAACCACGCCCAGCCAGACGGGGUGCAGUGACUGCCCUCCAGGGCACAGGUGUCCAAAUACAGCCAGUGCUCCAGUGGUGUGUGAAAAUGGGACAUUCAGCCUGGGGAAAACAACAGAGUGUACCAUCUGCCCAGCUGGAUACAGUUGCCCAAGUGGUUCAGCACCAGUCUUGUGCACAAAUGGCACUUACGUACAUCAGACGGUCUCUCGUUGCGAACCCUGUCCUAAGGGUGCUUUUUGCCCGUAUGAUGGCAUAGCGAACUUUACCCUUUGCGGCCCGGGCACUUAUACAGACACCCUAAGCAGCACUACAUGCAAAACAUGCCCUGCUGGGUCUAAGUGUCCCAGCUGGGCUAUGCAGGCACCUGAGCCAUGCCCAAGUGGUACCUAUGCCAAUACGACAGGUGCAACAGCCUGUAUUCUUUGUCCAGAGGGUCAUAGCUGUGCAGAUGCUACGAAAAGUCCUGUUCCCUGUGGCAAAGGUUACUACUCAACUAAUGGACAGACUUCUUGUACUGAGUGCUCUGCUGGCUUUUACUGUCCAGUGGAGCUUGGAACAAGCCAGUUACCCUGCCCGUCUGGCUCUUUCGCCAAGGACAAGAAGAGCGCUAACUGCACCCAGUGUGACAGAGGUCACAAGUGUCCUGUAUCUAGUGACCCACCGAUACCAUGUGACCCUGGGUACUACUCAGACACCACUGAUGCCACGAGUUGCACUCAGUGCUCUCCUGGAUACUAUGCCAUCAGCUCGGGACAGACAAGCUGUAUUCAGUGUCCAGCCGGCAGCCGUUGCCCAAACCGGACAGAGACGCCAGUGCCCUGUUUGGCAGGACAGUAUUCCCCUGCUGGCUCUACUGAAUGCAUGUCGUGCCCUGCAGGAAAGAUUUGCUUGGAUCCCACACAAACACCUGUCUCCUGCCCGUCGGGAACCUUCGUCAAUGGUACUCACUGCAUACCGUGUCAUGUGGGGCAUUACUGCCCUUCACAGUCCAACAAACCUCAAGUGUGCCCCUCCGGGACUUUCGCCAAUGAGACAGGAUCCGUCGUGUGCAAGGCAUGUCCCGCGGGAUAUGCGUGCCUUGACCCGUCCACCACACCCGCACCUUGCGGGAUCGGCGAAUACAGUAUCAAUGGACAGUCUACAUGCACGAAAUGCCCUGAUGGUUCCUAUAGCGCUGGAGGCUCUUCGAGAUGUGUAGAGUGUCCUGCGGGUCAGUCGUGUAUGAGUGGGUCAUCACCAACUACUCCCCAGGACUGUGCUGCUGGAACCUACAGCCCUCCUGGAUUUGGAACUUGUAAACCCUGUCAAUCUGGAACCUACAGCAGUAGCCGUGCUUCUUACUGUUCCCCAUGUCCCACCGGUUACACAUGUACCAACCCGGCCCAAGUGCCACAGGCCUGCCCGACCGGCCAGUAUUGGACCAAUGAUGCAACAGGACCCCCAUCAUGUUCUCCGUGUCCUGCUGGGUACAAAUGCGAAAAUGCCUCCCAGCCCCCAGUCCCUUGUGGCGCAGGGUACUACUCAGCAGAAGGGAACUCCUCCUGUACCCAGUGUAUUGGGGGGCAAGCUUGUCCGGACCCCACCAAACUCCCCAUCAGUUGUCCAAGCGGAACCUUCAGUGAUGCGGGCGCCACAUAUUGCACGCCCUGUCCUGCUGGCUCCAGCUGUCCCACACCCUCAUCUCCAAGGGUACCCUGCACCGCCGGGACCUACUCCCUGGAGGGCGUGGCCGCAUGUGUGGACUGUCCUGUGGGGUACAUGUGCCCCUCGACUUCAUGGCAGCCUUCGCGCUGUCCCUUCGGUACAACAACCCUCGGCGCAUCUAAAGCGCUCAACUGCACUGACUGCCCGGCUGGAUACGCUUGCACUACACCAGAAAAUAACAUCACCGCGUGUAAUCAAGGCGAAUACAGUCUCAAGCGUGGAGCUAGAUGUAUCACAUGUCCUGCGGGCAGUGCAUGUGCACAAACAGAUUCUUUACCAGUUGCAUGUAACCCCGGUCAGUACAGUGAUGCUGGUGCAACGAGUUGCUCUGAUUGUGCGGCUGGCUGGUAUUGCCCAAACGUCGCAUCCUCAGCGCAUAACAAGCAAUGUCCUGCCGGAACGUACUCUACAGGGAACAAGCAGUCGUGCAUGGCCUGUCCGGUGGCCAAAUACUGUCCGAAAACCAACGAAUCACUGCAAAUAGACUGCCCGGCAGGGACAUACUCAACCGGACAUUUGGCCUCCUGCAUAAGUUGCCCUAGUGGUUGGCAGUGUCCAAAUCCUACUGGCGAAGGCAAUGCUGUGUGCUUGCAGGGGACUUACUCCAUCGGUGGCCAAGCUAGCUGUACCGAAUGUCCGCCGGGAGUGGCUUGUCCGGACAUCAAGUCGAACCAAACGGUCACGUGCGCACCAGGGUGGUACUCCACGGGGAAGCAAUGGCUGUGCACUCCUUGUGACCCUGGCUACAAAUGCCCCAGUACCACAUCCAAUGCCAAGGAGCUAUGUCCCGUAGGUACUUAUAGCACAGGUGCUCAGGCAGAAUGCACAGAGUGUCCCGCAGGGUACUCAUGUCCUUCAAAGACUGACGACUUCAAGGUCCUCUGCUACCCAGGCUCCUACACGACGGGAAAUGCACAGGGAUCAGGAGGUGGACUUCAACCUGGUACCUGUAUUACUUGUCCGGCGGGCCAUUUCUGUCCGAAUAUAUCGUCCAUUCCGAUCGAGUGCGAAGCUGGCAAAUACAGCUUAGGCUCCGCUGUUCAGUGUACUGACUGCCCUGCGGGCUCAAAAUGCCCAAAUAAGGAUCGCACCCCAGAACCAUGUGAGGCGGGAAAAUACAGCAACAGAUCCAUGACAGAAUGCGUGAAGUGCAGUCCAGGUUACAUCUGUCGAGGCCACAACACCUCACCAACACCCAUCUCAGGGUUGUGUCCGGUCGGGUCCUUUUGUCCGGAUGGUGCUGUGGCCACGCCUUGUCCGUCCGGUACCUAUGGAAACACCACAGGUGCCUCAUCGCAGUCUUCAGGCUGCCAGGCGUGUCCACCCGGGUACUUCUGCCCGGAGGGAACAAUCGGCUAUCCCACCCGCAGGCUGGUUUGUCCGGCUGGUCACUUCUGUUUGGAAGGAACGAAAACUCAGUACCAGAACCCUUGUCCAGCGGGAAAAUUCAGCCGCGAGCUAGGCCUGGAGCGAGUGGACCAGUGUCUCGAGUGUAAGCUUGGGUUCUACUGCCCGAGUGGCGACCGUUAUGGAGAUCGCUUGUGUCCGCCCGGCCAUUACUGUGGUUACGGUGUCGGUGAUUACAGUACGUCCAAGUGUCCCGCUGGAACGUACCAGGAAGAGCAGGGGAGUCAAUACCAAUCCAAAUGUAAGACUUGCCCGCCCGGAUACUACUGCUUAGCUGGCUCGGCCACACCCAUCCCCUGUCCAACCGGCACCUUUAACCCAUGGACCAACCAAGGGGCCUUGUCUGACUGCAAAUCCUGCACGGCCGGUAUGGCGUGUCCGGAACCCGGCCUCACCCGACCCCCUGUCAAGUGCUCCGCAGGGUACUACUGUCCGGCCGGGUCCAUACUUCCUAACGCCACCCGCAAGGCGUGUCCGGCUGGCACCUACACGGACUUCCAUAACCUGACGGCAGCGCAGGAAUGCACGCCAUGCCCAGAGAGGUUCUCGUGCCAGGCUGGGACCGGAGGUUGGCAGAAGCCGCCACAACCAUGUGCUCCAGGGUAUUUCUGCCCGCUGAAGACAAUCAGCCCGACUCAGUGGCCGUGUGCAGCAGGUUCCUGGUCAAACCUGACCAACCUGCGCAGCCAACAGGAAUGUUACGAGUGCCCUAAAGGCUCUUACUGCCUCCGUGCAAGCGCUGCGCCCUCGGGCAUUUGUCAUACUGGACACUACUGCCCACCAGGGACCCAGCGAGGUAAUCAGUUCCCGUGUGCUUCCGGGACGUACUCUAACAAGACGGGAAAUGUGCGGUGGGAGCAAUGCGAGCCCUGCAUCGAGGGACAUUAUUGCCCUGAAGGGACCUCCGUACCCAUAAAGUGCCCUAGAGGGACAUAUAAUGAUGUGCUUAGUGCUAAGUCCCCGACUGAUUGCAAAGCGUGUGUUCCUGGUUACUACUGUCCAAAUCUCGCCAACGUACAGCCUACGGCGUGUGGCAUCGGCAAUUUCUCGAUGUCUGGAGCGUCCUUAUGUACCACGUGUCAAGUCGGCUUCUACUGCCCAAGUGAGACAACAAGUCGAUCAAUGAUGAUCAGUACAUACGUCUGUCCGGCCGGACUUCACUGUCCAACUGGUUGUGACCGUUCACCGGACUUGGUUUCCAACGCUUGCUAUAAAGGGCACUACUGCCUUCGGGGAGAUGAGGAAGCACUUCCUCAAAAGUGUCCAAACGGGACAUUUAACCCCAACACUGGACGCAAACACGUCAGUGAGUGUCAGAAGUGCUGGAAGGGGUACUACUGCGAGCCUGAAGGGCGAGAGGGAGUGUCUGGCCCAUGCCCCCCGGGUUAUUACUGCGAGGAGGGGACUGGGUACAAGUACACGUACCCAUGCCCCAUUGGGUUCUACCGGAAUGCUUCGGCCGCCAUCAGCGUGCAGGACUGCAGCGUGUGUUCGUCUGGCUUCUACUGUGACGACCGGGGACUGUCAGUUCCUAAGACUUGUACCACGGGCAACUUCUGCCCUACAGGCACCACCAUACCCCAGCCAUGUCCCAGCGGUUACUAUAACAACGCCACCGGAGUUAAGCGCAGUGUGGAUUGUACUCCAUGUCCAGCGGGACGAUACUGUGCGGGAUUCGGGGCAACUGAACCAACGGGCCCUUGUGAUGCGGGGUUCUAUUGCAGGGAGCGUGCAUACACCUCGGCACCUCCCGAGGGUCUGACAGGCGGUCUCUGUCCCGCGGGCGGAUACUGUCCCAUGGGUGCUAAGGUACCCUCGCCAUGUCCGGUUGGAACAUAUAGUAACACGUCUGGAGCCAAGGCCCCCGAGGAUUGCAUCUCCUGUGAUCCAGGGUAUUACUGUGCUGGUGACACGAAUCCUGCUCCCACCGGACCUUGCUCAGCUGGCUACUACUGUACAGGCGGCGCAAAGACGCCCACCCAGUUUGUCACGAGUGCUGGACACUACUCUGAGAAGGGUGCGGCUUCCGAGACCGAGUGCCCUGUUGGGACCUACCAGUCGUCCGACAGAGCAUCGAAAUGCAUCCCUUGUCUUGAGAAGAACUACUGUGACAGGAUGGGUCUAAUCAACCCCAUACCAUGUCCUACGGGUCACUACUGUCCUGCUGGCAGCACACAACCCACGCCUUGCUGGCCGGGAUCGUACAGUAACUCUCCCGGUCAAGCGAGCAACAUCACGUGUCAGAAGUGCGAUGCUGGGUACUACUGCAGCAAGCCCGGGAUGAACGCGACCGAGGGGCUCUGCCAGCCUGGGUACUACUGCAGACAGGGAUCACCAUCUGAAACACCGGAUAAUGGCAACUGUACGAACGACAACAGCACCGGUUACGACUACGGCGGGGUCUGUCCACCUGGCUACUACUGCCUCAAGGGGACUCGUGAAGCCACUCAGUACCCCUGCCCUAACGGGACCUAUAACGACCAGUGGGCACGGGUGCAGAUGUCUGAAUGCCUUGCAUGCCCUGGUGGUAAGGCGUGUACCGGCGUCGGCCUCAAGUACUGGACGGGCGUAUGCCGGGCUGGGCACUACUGUAAAGGGGGUAGUACCACGCCCACCCCUGAUGAUGGGGUGACGGGUAAUGUCUGUCCUAUCGGAAAACACUGCCCAACAGGUUCGAGUGAACCAAAGGACUGUGCACCUGGCACCUUCAGCAACACGACCGGACUCGACGCCUGCCUCGCUUGCCCAGCGGGAUACUACUGCAGAGGAGGGGUCGACGGCAGCACACCGUUUGAGUGCCCCAAGGGACAUUAUUGCCCCGAGAGUACAGGGGUCUCGCAACCGCAGUGCCCUCCAGGGACCUACAAUCCCCAGACCAAGCUACGAAAAGAGCAAGAUUGCUGGCCGUGCAAAGGGGGCAAGUACUGCGAAGGGCACGGCGCCAAGGAGUUCCCAAGCAGCAACUCUGGUGACUGUGCUGCCGGCUUCUACUGCGUCCAGGGUGUCAACACGCCACGCCCUAGCACCAACUUUAGCGGUAUCGGAGGGGUGUGCCCUCCCGGCGCCUACUGCCCCUUGGGUACCGCUGAGCCUAUCGGAUGCCCUAAUGGGACGUUCAGUAAUGUUUCUCAGUUGGAGAGUGCUGGUGAUUGUACGCUAUGCUCGGAUGGCAUGUAUUGCGAGCAAUCAAACCUCACAAGCCCGACCGGUCCUUGUGCUCCUGGCUUUUACUGCAAACGCGGCUCAAACACGGCACGACCAAGCACCACUACAAGCUCAGGCGGGCCCUGCACCGCGGGACACUUCUGUCCUGAAGGGACCUCAGUACCCAAGCCAUGCCGAGCUGGUACCUAUAACCCCAAGAUCGGAGAAGCAGAGUGCUUCAGCUGUAUGGAGGGUUAUUACUGCCCAGAGGGAUCCACCGAUUACUCGACCACGCCCUGUCCAGAAGGGCACUACUGCCCCAAUGGGACAAGGACCCGUACAGAAUUCCCUUGUCCGAAGGGGUACUUUAACAAUCGCACCCAUGGCCAAAGUCAAGCUGACUGUCUCCCGUGCCCCGGUGGAAGUUUCUGUGAUGUCGCGGGGUUAUCUGGCCCUACAGGUCUCUGUGACCCUGGGUAUUUCUGCGUUCGCGCCGCAUGGCAGAGAAGCCCUGUUGACUACGAUAACUUCACUUCUGGAUCCUGCCUCUGCCCAAGUACCACCACUGGUGGAGAGUGCCAACCGGGAUUCUUCUGCCCUGGGGGAUCACAUGAGCCAACACCCUGUACCGGCGGGAAGUACUGUCAGACUAAAGGUCUUCAUGCUGAAACCGGACCGUGCGAUGCUGGGUUUUAUUGCACGAGCGGCGCCCGCUACCGCCGGCCUACUGACGGAAUCACAGGCGAUAUCUGUCCUCCAGGGCGAUAUUGCGAACAAGGAACCAAGGUGCCCGAGCUGUGUCCUCAAGGGACGUUCUCUAACAAUACAGGAAACAAAAACGUGUCUUAUUGUUUUGCUUGCACUGGCGGGUAUUAUUGUCAAGGCCAAGGAAAAACAGAGCCAACCGGCAAAUGUGAUCCUGGUUUCUACUGUCCCGGGGGUGACUCUAACCCGACUCCUUAUCCCUGUACAAAGGGACAUUAUUGCCCCAAGGGCACCUCGGCACCGGUGAAGUGCCCUUCAGGGUCUUACCAAGAUGAGCCCCAGAAGGACUCCUGUAAAGUGUGCCCAGAGGGACAUUUCUGCGACAACAAGAACGACCUGAGUGAUUAUACAAGUUAUAUUUGUCCCAAGGGGUAUUACUGCCCUAACGGGACCGAGUAUAGCACCCAAUAUGGCUGUCUUCCUGGUUACUAUGGUAACGCGACCAAGCUUCACAGUGCCUCCCAAUGUCUGCCGUGUCCUCCAGGGAAGUUUUGUCUAGGAUCAUCCGACUCUAACCAUGGAGACUGUCACGCCGGCUUCCACUGCAUUCUCGGCUCCAGUACACCAACACCUAACGACAAUGUUAAAGGCAGACGCUGUCCGGAAGGACGUUACUGUGUGUCCGGAACCAAAGCACCAGAGAACUGCCCCCAGGGCACAUUCUCCAACUCUCUUGGACUUCCCGCAGAAAGCAACUGCACGGGCUGUACCCCUGGCAUGUAUUGCAAUGGGACUGGACUUACUGAACCGUCCGGUCCAUGCUGGCCGAGAUAUUUCUGCUCCGGACGGGCCACCCAUCCUGCGCCUCAAGAUGGUGUCACGGGUGGAAACUGUACAGCCGGACAUUAUUGUCCCGGACAAACGCCAGAACCGAUACCAUGUGAGGAUGGCAGUUACAUGAAAGAUCAGCUCGCUGAUGCCUGUAUUCCUUGUCCAGCGGGUUCAUAUUGUGUCGACGAUAAGAGUCAAGACCCCAGGCCUUGUCCUCUCGGCUACUAUUGUCCGCAGAGUACUGGAUUCAACUGGAAACCCUGCCUCAAGGGGACCUAUGGUGACUCGGCAGGACUUGCUAAUAUCACAUCUUGUCGCCCUUGUGGAUCCGGAAAAUUUUGUGCCUACGACAACGCCACCUCGGAGACCGGUCCCUGCAGCCCUGGCUACUACUGCCGCAAAGGUGCAGACACGCCCACUCCGGGGUACGGUGCUCUCGGAGAUGCCGGUCCAUGCCCAGAGGGCCACUUCUGUCCAGGCAGCACCGGAGAACCUGAAGACUGCCCAAUAGGGACCUAUUCCAAUGUGACCCACCUUGAGCGAGCGGACCAGUGUGAGAAGUGUGGAUAUGGCCAUUACUGUAGUCAGCCGGGGAUAACUGAAUAUUCAGGACAGUGUGACCCUGGGUUCUACUGCUUGAGGGGCUCCGAGAGCCGCAACCCACCUAACGUGACCGAGUCAGGAGGGCCUUGCCCCAAGGGACAUUACUGCCCCAGAGGGACUUCUUACCCGUUGGGUUGCGUUGAAGGAACGUAUAAUGAUCGGACCGGACAGGAAGCGUGCACGGAGUGCUGCGCCGGGUUCUACUGUCCGUCCAACUCGUCCUCGUGCAGCUUGGGAUGUCCGACCGGACACUACUGUCCGAAUGGUACAAAGACCGAGUCCCAGUACCCAUGUCCGCGUGGCACUUUUAACAACCAGACCGGCCAACAGGCGUUCAGUGCUUGUGAGCCAUGCUUGCCGGGCAAAUACUGCGGGAGCGAAGGGCUUACUAACCCUUCCGGAGACUGUGCAAAGGGGUUUUACUGCGUGCGAGGGGCGUGGUCGCGGGAGCCGACCGACAUGGGUGUGAUGCGGUACUUCUCCAACGCCUCGCAGUGUUACUGUAGUAACGAGACUACAGGUGGCAUGUGCCAACCGGGAGAAUUCUGCCCUGAGGGGUCACAGCAACCAACGCCCUGCACCCCAGGAUUUUACUGCGGCACCAGUGCCCUCCAUGCUGUCUCUGGUCCGUGCGACCCUGGUCAUUACUGCACACUUGGGGCCAAGGUACCCAAUCCCACCGACAACACCACCGGGGGACUCUGCUGGAAAGGCCACUUCUGUGAAUCCGGCACCUACAACCCGUCAAAAUGCCCCAUCGGCUCAUACUCCCCCUCCCAUGGCAACCGCAAUGUCUCCGACUGCGUACCUUGUCUAGCGGGACAGUACUGUGAGUCAGAGGGGCUUGACACGCCCACGGGGCCCUGCGACAAGGGGUACUACUGCCCCAAUGGUCAAUCCUCGAAGAGACCCUCAGCAUACGUGUGCACACCCGGACACUAUUGCACUGAGGGGAGUCCGGUUAAGCGUCCCUGCGCGUCCGGAUCCUACCAGGAUGAGUACCAGAGAUGGGAUUGCAAGACCUGCCCUGAGGGCUACUACUGCGAUGCGACCAUACUUAACGCGACGCACUGUGUGCAUGGGGUGCAGCUUCCAACGCCCUGCGUCAAGGGGCACUACUGUACCAAUGGGACCACCACGGCCACUGAACACCCCUGUCCUGCCGGUACCUACACAAACCAAACACACAGGAAGACCGAUUCGGAGUGCACUAAUUGCCCGGCUGGGAAGUUCUGUGAGGGGACUGGUAACGAGAUCUGGGAUGAUGACUGUGAUGCUGGCUUCUGGUGCAAGGGACGUGCGAGCAGUAGAGCGCCAACGGAUGAAAUAACGGGCAUUGUAUGCUCUACGGGGUAUUAUUGCCCCCGCGGCACGCCCGCAGAGCUGCCCUGCGCGGCCGGAAGUUAUGGCGCUACACCGCAGCUGGCGUCACAAACCGAGUGCAAGGGCUGUGAGCCGGGUCAGUACUGUGGCGUCGCAGGGCUCAACCAAACAUCCGGGAACUGCUCUGCUGGAUUCUACUGCCGUGGCAACGCAUCAGUGGCCGCGCCACCUGAUGACAACACAGGCGGGAAAUGCUGGAUUGGUCAUUAUUGCCCAGAAGGCACUGCAAGCCCACUACCCUGCUCUCCUGGGACCUACAUGAACCACACGACCGCUGACAAGUGCUAUAUAUGUCCCGCGGGACACUACUGCAUAGAUGGCAAGCACCCUGAUCCGUGUCCUGCAGGUUGGUACUGUCCCGAGGGUACUGGGCACGACUGGCAACCAUGCCCACGCGGCACAUACAGCCCGGCGCAAUACCUCUCGCACCUCGGCCAGUGCACGCCGUGUGAUGCUGGGUACUACUGUGACAAGAUUAACGGUACUACUCCUGCCGGACAAUGCUCCGAGGGCUUCUUCUGCAGAAAUGGCUCUGAUUCACGCACCCCUACAGCUAGCCGCGGUGAUGCCGGGGUGUGUCCAGUUGGGCACUACUGUCCUCGUGGGGACCCCAAAGCCCCUGUACCGUGCCCGAGCGGAUACUACCGAAACAUCACCCGCGGGGAGAGCUUCAAUGACUGCAUGGCGUGCCCACGUGGUCAUUACUGCAAUAGGCCGGGGCUGGAUUGGCCAAACGGACUUUGUGAUCCAGGGUAUUACUGCACUGGAAAGUCAGACCUUCGUAAUCCUGAUAACAUCACAGUUUCUGGAGGGCCGUGUCCACCAGGCCAUUUCUGCCCUGUAGGUUCGCCCUCACCCUUGGCUUGUCCCGGAGGGAAUUACCAGACGCUUUGGAAGCAGAGUAGCUGUGAUCUCUGCGACCCAGGAUAUUUCUGUCCAAAUGCCUCCACUAACAUGACAGUAUGCUACACCGGCCAUUACUGUCCCAACGGUUCCAGCGAUCCAAUUCCCUGUCCUAAAGGAAUGUACAAGAACUUCACCCAUGGUGACAAGUUGGACGAUUGUAGGAUGUGUCCGCCCGGGCACUACUGUCCGAGAAACGCCAUGCCUGAACCUGAAGGCCUUUGCGCGCCUGGCUGGUACUGCUCUGGAGGAUCAUGGGAAAGAAAACCAUUAAACACCUUGGAUAUAGCCAAUGGGAGCGCUGUGUGCCCAUUGAUUGGCAGCAUUGGUGGUUACUGUAACAAGGGUACUUUCUGUCCCGAAGGUGCUGAUCAACCAAGGCCAUGCACACCCGGCUAUUACUGCGAGAGUGAUUACCUCUCAACUGAGUCGGGGCUGUGCGUAGCUGGAUACUACUGCAAUGGUAGCACUGUUUUCCCUCGACCCGAGAACCAGACAAAUGGAGAUCGCUGCCCAAAGGGCCAUUUUUGCCCAACAGGCUCUUCUGGUCCACAGCCCUGUUGGCCAGGCACCUACGCGGAUACGGAGUACAACCAAUUCCGGAACAACUGCAAGCCGUGUAUCCCUGGAAUGUACUGCCCUACCUAUAGGUUAUCUUAUCCAAGCGGGAACUGCUCGGAGGGUUAUUACUGUCCGGCUGGUGAGACCAAGCAGAGUCCACCGGACAAGCAGUGCCAGCCCGGACAUUAUUGCCCCGAAGGAAGUGGUCUGCACAGGCCGUGUCCGCCAGGAUCCUACCAACCCUUCUCCGAGAAAGGCAUUUGCCUGAAGUGCCCCCCCGGGAUGUACUGUGACCCUAACGAAGCAAGAGUCAAUUUCAGUUGCUCGUCAGUCAACGUAUCUCAUGGCACCAUCACGCCCAGCGACUGUCCUGCCGGUUUCUAUUGUCCGAACGAGACAGAAUGGGCCAGUCAGCAUCCAUGUCCGGUUGGAACGUUUGGUAAUAGUACGAAGUUGGCCGCAAGAGACCAGUGCACGCCCUGUACCAAGGGGCACUACUGCGCGACCGAGGGGAAAAAGUUCAGUCCAACAGGGUUGUGCCAUGCGGGCUAUUACUGCAUAGAACGUGCCUCUGUUCCUAAUCCCAACGAUACCAUGACAGGCGCCCCCUGCCCGCCAGGGUACUACUGUAACUCGGGCUUCCACAUCCCAGCUGCUUGUCCAAGAGGUACUUAUGGACCAAAGGAGCGACUCACGAACUUGUCCGAAUGUGUGGAAUGUCCGGGCGGUCAGUUUUGCGCGGAGCCGGGACUUGCAGCACCAAAUGGGUCCUGUGAUGCUGGCUAUUACUGCAGCGGAAGAGCUAUACUUAAGAACCCAACUGGUGAGGCUUAUGGCAAUGUUUGUCCGGCCGGGCAUUACUGUCCCAUAGGAACGACCACGCCUUUUAAAUGUCCACCUGGAACGUUUAAUAACAAGACAAAGGGAACGCACCCUACUGACUGUAGCCCCUGCCCCCCAGGGCAGUACUGUGAGGGGUACGGACGGGAAUGGCCCAACGGACCAUGCGACCCAGGAUUCUAUUGCUCUCGCGCAUCGUACUCUAAGCGUCCUCUUCCCAGCUCCGGCGAAUCCUACAAUAACUCUGACCACUUCUCGUGUCCCAUAUACUCUGUGAACUCCACUGGAGCGAUAUGUCCCUCUGGAACGUACUGCCCUCAUGGAGCCAGUCAGCCUAUCCCAUGUGACCCUGGCAAGUUCUGCGGUCACGACGGUCUUGCUGCACCACAGGGUAACUGCACGGCUGGGUUCUACUGUAAUGGGAGCAACAAGGUCGCUAAUCCUGUGGACUGUGCGGCUGGACACUACUGCCCGAGUGGGACCCCCAUAGAAGUUCCCUGCCCCACUGGGACAUUCUCUCCCGACCGCGGCAAUACCAGAAUUGAGAAUUGUCAGAACUGCACGUCCGGGUAUUACUGUCCCACCCAGGGGGCAACCUCCGUCAUAUUCCAGUGCAUGCAGGGGUACUAUUGCCCAAGUGGCUCUAUACAAAACGACACGGUCGAGUGUCCACUAGGGUUUAAAUGCCCCACGGGGGUCGGUUCCCCGGUACGUUGCGACCCAGGAUUUCACCAAGACUCGCCAGGGCAAUGGGCAUGCAAGGAAUGCCCCGCUGGAUUCUAUUGCGACCCAACUGGACUCUCUACUGGUGUUAUUCACCCGGUCACGUGUACACCUGGUAAUUACUGCCCGAAGCAAACGGGAUCAGAACGGGAACACCCUUGUCCGCGCGGGUCGUAUAGCAAUGAGACUGGGCUAGAGCACAGAUCUUCUUGCAAGAUGUGUCCGCCAAAGAUGUAUUGUGGGUCUGAGGGAUUGACGAAGCCUACAGACAAAUGCAGUGCAGGCUACCUUUGUUUUAUAAAUGCUUCAGUACCAAACCCAACAGAUGCGUUGACUGGUGACGAGUGCCCGAUGGGAUUCUAUUGUCCCCAGGGCUCCUCGUCGCCGACCCAAUGUGAAGCCGGAACGUUCGGUAACUCAACCAAGCUCAAGUCUCAAUCCGAAUGCAAUGACUGCAGUCCAGGCUUCUACUGCUCUCCCCCCACCAUCUACCCCAAUCUUAAGUGCAGUGCAGGUCACUGGUGCUCAGGGCGCUCCACUGAACCCUCCCCCGUCAACAAGCCCUACGGUACCGAAUGUCCUAACGGGACAUACUGCCCAGAGGGCACUCCCGUCCCGGUGCCUUGUCCCAAGGGGUCCUAUAAUCCUUACCGAGGCAAAGCCCGAGAGGCGGACUGCGUACCAUGUGAAGGGGGCAAGUACUGUGAGACCACUGGUCUCACUGCUGUCACUGGGGAUUGUAAGCCAGGCUAUUACUGCACUGCAAAUGCGAGCGAUAGUCGACCUGUGGAUGGGGUGUCCGGUGAUAAGUGUCCGAUUGGUCAUUACUGUCCGGAAGGAUCGCCUAAACCGUAUGCCUGUGCGAACGGGACCUUUAUGAAUCACACAGGAGCUGCCGUUUGCUACGAAUGUCCAGCCGGCUCGCAGUGUAUCCGAGGAACCACGCCCGACCCAUGCCCCCAAGGCCGGUACUGCCUGAGUGGCACUGGGUACGACACACAGCCCUGCCCGGUGGGCACGUUUGGGAAGACCGCUGGCCUGGCGAGUAUCGGGGAGUGUACCCAGUGCACGGGAGGUUACUUCUGUCAGUCACCCGGGAUGUCUACGGAGAGCAGCAAAUGUGCUGCAGGCUUCUAUUGUACAAGCGGAGUAAACAUAAGUGAGCCCACGACUGGCUUCUCGGGUGUCGGCGGUAUCUGCCCACCUGGGCAUGAGUGUCCUGAGGGAAGUCCUAAUGCAGUCCCAUGCCUCGCCGGCUUCUAUGCACCUCAUGCUCAGAUGGCGGCUUGCAAGAUGUGCCCUCAAGGGUUCUUUUGUAAUGGGACCACCAUUACACCGACUGACUGCCCAGCUGGUCAUUACUGCCCUAACGGCACCCGGUUCCACAACCAGUUCCCUUGCCAACCAGGGACCUUCAACAACCUCACGGGACAGCCCUCGGUGUCAGCAUGCAAGUUGUGCCCUGCAGGGUCGUAUUGUGCGGGGUACGGGCGAACGAGCCCCAACGGCCCUUGUGACGCGGGCUUCUAUUGCUCCGGGGGAUCUUGGUCGAACAGACCCGGAGAUAUCGGCGUCGCUAACUAUGGCAACGCUACCAGCCCUGCCGAUACUUGUUAUAGGUCCUUUGAGUGUGUCUGUCCAGCCUGGAACAAGACUACAGGUGAUAUUUGCCCAGCUGGCCACUACUGUCCCGAGGGGUCCGAGAAACCAAGAUCAUGUGAUCUCGGGUCUUACUGCGCUCGUGCCGGCCUCUCCACGCCCAGUGACCAAUGCACAGCGGGCUUCUUCUGUAAUGAAAGCUCAACUGUCCCCAACCAGCACCAGUGCCUGGCUGGUCAUUACUGUCCGAGAGGGACUGGGAUACCCGAACCUUGCCCAAGCGGAACAUUUUCCGGGAGUCUCGGAAACACAGGUCCUAGUAAUUGUAGAAAUUGCACUGCCGGGAAGUACUGCGCGGGAAAUGGCCUCGAGGCUCCUACCGCUGAUUGUAAUCCAAGUUUUUAUUGCCCGGGCGGCCAGGCCACAGGGUCCCCAUCGGAAUAUGGGUGUAUUACAGGGCACAGGUGCCCACGUGGCAGCCCCACCCCUGAACGUUGUCCCAGUGGGUACUAUCAGAAUGAAGUGCUCCAGAGCAACUGCAAGGUUUGCCCUGCUGGAUUCUACUGUAAUGCUACCUACAAUGGCGUAGUGAUACCUGUGUUAUGUGAGGCCGGACACUUCUGCCCUGAGGGGACUGGAAACUAUAGGGAUCAUCCAUGCCCUGAGCGUACCUUCAGCAACGUUCGCGGCUUGAUGCACACUGGGAACUGCACCCUCUGCAGUCCCGGUCAUUACUGUGCUACCCCCGGUCUUGACAGCCCAACUGCGCCUUGCUGGGGGGGCUAUUUCUGCACCCAGGGGGCCCAGGUACCAAACCCAGAGAACGAUCGCCGUGCAAAAGACUACACAGAAUACUCGGACUUUAUCUUCGAGUUCUUGAACGAUGCAUGUCCUCCCGGACACUAUUGUCCGAAUGGCAGCGCCCCGAUAUCGUGUCCAGCUGGUUUUUAUCACAACGCUGGGCGUAUUUGGAAUCGUACGCAGUGCAUGCCAUGCCCAGUGGGGCAGUACUGUCCUAACAGUACGGUGUCUGUCGGAGGCCCCCCUGAUUGCCAUGCUGGCUAUGUAUGUACCGGGGGGUCUAGCACACCGGAACCCAAUGAUCCAUCCAUGGGAUACCUGUGUCCUCCAGGGUUCUUUUGCCCUAAAGGUACCAACGCACCACUUAGUUGUGAACCUGGCAGUUACCAGCCUAACCGCGGCCAGGGCAACUGUACCAAAUGUGGCCCAGGAAGCAUGUGUCCCUACCAGAACAUGACCAAAGUGGAGCCCUGCAAAGCCGGCUACUACUGCCCCGACGGCACCCCCAAACCCUGCGGACUUGGCACUUAUGGCAACCGCACUGGACUAUCCUCUAGUGACCAAUGCACGGACUGUCCGGCCGGACAAUUCUGCUCUGAAGCUGGGCUCACAAUGCCUAAGGGGCCAUGUGCUGCUGGACACUUCUGCGAAGGUGGCGCCGAUUCGGCCACGCCCAGCCCUUCUUCGAAAUACCCCCGAAAUGGUCUCUGCCCUGUUGGCCAUUACUGCGUCGAAGGGACUCAGACCCCUGAGCAAUGCCAGCCUGGUACAUUCCGCAACACAACAGGAGCGGCUGCGUUUGACCAUUGCCUUAAUUGCACUCCUGGCUGGUACUGUGAAGGAUUUGGGAACAGCAAGCCAACGGACAAGUGUGCCCCGGGAUAUUAUUGUCCCGAAAAUUCUCAAGCGAGUGUGUCCGAACCGGUCGGAUACCUCUGUCCAAAAGAACACAAGUGUCCACUUGGAAGUGCCAUGCCAGUUCGGUGUGAGCCAGGUUAUAACCAGAAGCGUGAGGGCCAGCCUACCUGUGACCCCUGCCCUGCUGGCUACUACUGCGAUCCGGACGCCAAGAAGUGUCCGAGCCAUAACUAUUGUCCGGCGGGCGUGACUGUACCCAUCCUAUGCCCUAAUGGGACCUUCACGUACGAUAACAUGACAGGGCUUGCCAAUUCCUCCCAGUGUCUGCCUUGCGUGCGGGGCUAUUAUUGUCGGCUUGGCGAGAUCACGGAGCAAUGUAUGGGAGGGUAUUUCUGUAAGAGCGGUAGCCCUGACCCUAACCCUGAUGGCUACUGGCCUCCGGUGGAAGCAGGGCCUUGCAAGAUGGGGCAUUAUUGUCCCAAGGGAACACAAGCGCCUUUACCCUGUCCUGAUAAUACGAUGAAGAACUAUACCGGUGGUGCGGGCACGGUUGACGAUUGCACACCAUGUCCUGCUGGACGCUAUUGUGUUAAUGGCACUGCGUUUGGCGUUCCUUGCCCUCCUGGCCACUACUGCAAGCUCAGGUCCUACCCGACGCCCUGCCCAAUCCACCGCUACCGUGACAUCCCCGGGGGGGAAGACCUGGACGACUGUUUCAAGUGUCCUGCCGGAUACUGGUGUAACGUAACGGGCAUGAAUAAUUACAACAACAGCGCAUGUCCUCUUGGCCACUACUGCUUGUCGGCGCAGGUCCCUCAGCUGUGUGAGGCAGGGACCCGGCGGAAGGUAGUUGGGGCGCGGAACCAGUCUGACUGCUCGCCCUGUCCGGGUGGUCACUACUGCCCAUAUAACGAGACCAACAUUGACGGCAUCCCGUGCAGACCCAAGUAUUUCUGUCGGGAAGGAGCGAAGUACGAAACGUAUUGUCCUGCAGGCAGAUUCUGUAAUUAUACAACUGCUGAGCCCUACAUUUGCCCUGGUGGCCACUACUGUCCCAACGGUUCCGACACCUACACCCCCUGCGAAUACCCCUACUACUGCCCGCCAGGGAGCGGAUUUCCCAAACUGUGCGAUCUCGGCCACUUCGCCCUCACCAAGGACAAGCCCCGUGCCUCUGUAGAAGCCAACUGCCAGAUCUGCCGCGCCGGGACAUACGGAAAUCACCCGGAGCGCUUAAACUGUACUAUUUGUCCGCCUGGAUACUUCUGCCCUGCGGGAACUAUCGGUCCUCACAAGAACCCAUGUCCGCUCGGGCAUUUCUGCCCGGAAGGUAGCGGCGACAAGAACCCUUGUUCUCCCGGACAUUACGGAGACCGAGAGUUGGCCACUAGUCCGUCCGACUGCAAGAAGUGUUCAGCAGGUGAUUUUAAUGAUCAGCCUGGAGGGAAGGCGUGUCUCAGGUGCGGUAGCAGUUCGACUUCCGAUGUGGGCGCGGCCACGUGCACGUGCAUCGGUAAAUUCCGGUCAUUCCAGUUAUCGGACAGGUCGUGUAUCUGCCAGUCCGGGUAUGUGUGUUAUAACGAGGACUUGACGGUAUUAGAAGGAAACAGCGAGAAAGACUGCCAGCCCGAGGUUGCGCCACGAUGCGACACAAGCCAGGUUCGCUUGGCUUCCACCCAACAAUGUGUAUCUAAAAUAGACGCCCAGAACCUCUGUAACGUGGCAUGCGCUGCGUCUGGAGGCGGAACAUUCAGAGAGAACCUUGGCACCUGCCUCUGCAAUUACGAUACCGUGAACUGCGACACCGAGUGUCAAGCUAACAAGCCCACCAUCGUAAUCCGCAGGAACGAGCUCGGAAAACUUGAAUACGUGGUGUCGAAUGGUACUACUAGCACGACAACUAUUGUCACUGGUGAGCUUGGGAUAGGGGAUACCGAUACGGACCCUCAUACAGCCCAGUAUGUCAGCCUUGAUGGCCAGGCCACGCAGGGUGUCAGCCCGAACUCCGUUGAAGAAGCCUCAUCCCUAGUUGUGGUGAGAGAAGACGCAGAGCCUGUCGCGCGGAGACGAAGGCGUCGCGCCGUUGACACCUCAAAUACCACGACACCCAUCACUACUAACCUGACGAGUAAAGUGACAAACCCUUCGCUGUGCCUACGUCUUAAUGAUGCUAUCAUGUUCAGGGUGUCCCUCAACACCCAGAACCGCUCCUUGAGCCACUACCCGCGUUACAGAAAGAACCAUCUCUUCAACACCAACCCCGAUUUCGACUUUGGAACAUUCCGCGAGCUUCACUCUGUUGUGACGGAAACUAACAAGACGCUGUCGUUCUUCGUGCACGCGUUCAAGCAGGCGGGAGUGUUCGUGUUCUAUGAUAAUGCUGUACCCAUGCGGGAGACUGUGGUGUCUGUGAUGGACAUCGCCCAAGAGUGCCCUGGUAACUUUACAAUGGGCCCGCUGAGCGAAGGGACCUUGAGCACUCUAGGGGUUGGGCAGGCACAGCCCAAGAAUCUUGCUCCGAACUGGACCGUGAUCUACGGAAUGACGGCCUUCAUGGUGAUCUGCAUCGUAAUGCUCGUCAUUGCUAUAGUCAUCUGGCGACCACGAAGCUUCGCACGCUACCCGAUCAUCGCGUUACGGCCCAAGUACAAAGCCUUGGGGGCUCCCAUUCCUGUGGUUCCCAUUCCAGGGAUAGACGAUAGCCCUGAUGAGCUCGGGCCCCGGGGCGUGGCCGAGGGAGCAGCCUCUUACGAGAGCCAUAAUGUUAAGUUUGAACUGGAGAAUUUCAACGUUCGUACUCUGUUCGAUAAGUUAGAGGACCAGACGCUGCACGUGAGCUCUCAACUCUCCAGGCACCAGGCCGACUUGAAGGGGUUCUUCGACCGCAUUAUGAAUCAGACAGAGAAUCUCAAGGGAAUGCUGGAAAACAUGGACGUGUCUGCCCUUAUCAAGGCAACCCGCGAAGCGAAUCGUGACGGUGCCGGGGGAACAGAUAAAGAGGGAUAUCAGAUGAGUGGAACAGGUGCUCCAGAGAUUCUUGACCCAGACCGCCACAAGGGCAUGACCGCAGGAUCACAGCUCAGGGAACACGAGCUGAUGGCGAGUCUGCAGAUGCUGCUAGAGAAGGUCGAGAAAGAAGGGUUCGGCGUGCAAGCAGCUCAUGCUGCUCAAGCUGGAAGGGGUGUCGUUCUACCGACCCCUGGCACGACCUUCACCUCCACGACUGUCUACCAAUCAGGAGGCUCUACUGGUGCAGCUACCGCUGGUCAAAUAGGUGUUGCCUCUGAAGGCUCCACCGGUCUGCAGUGGCAAGUCCAUGGCACUAGUGACGUCAGCGAGUUCAUGCGAAGAAUGAAUGCUGAACGAGUCCACCUGGAGCAAGGCCUGGAACGAGAAGAGGAGACCGCUGUACACAAGCUUCUCAAAGAGCAGGAUGCCAAGCUUGCUGAGGCGAUGAAGGAGCUCUCAGAGGAUCUGGCAAAUAAGCUUGCGGCAGGAGACCUGACCGAGGACGAGAUGCGUGCAAUCAUGGACGACCACGAGCGCCAGAUUGCAAACCUCGCGACCACGCUGGACUCGGAGAAGGAGAAACAGAUGGCAAGCCUGAGGGAGAAACUGAGGCGGAGGAGGGAGGAGAAGGAGGCAGCGCUACUCAGGAAACAGAAAGAAGAGGCCGCCAAGUCAAAGAUCCGUUUAGAUGACAUUGAGUCAAAGGCAGAUGUGGAGACCUUGAUCAAGAGGCAGGAAGGUGUCCAGGACACCAUUAUCCAGGAAGAGAUCACUGGUACUGCCAGAUCCGAGGGUCAGGCGUCUAACGAGGAGAUUGGCGAAUACAGACGGCGUAUGGGUGACAACUUUUGCUCUACUGUUGAUGACCUGGUCGCAUCCGGACAGCUUUACGCGGACGAAGCUGAACAGCUGAAGCGUGAGCAGAUGCAGAUUGAAGAGAAGUUGCAGCGUGACCUGGCGCAUCGCCGAGAUCAACAGACAUCGUUACUCAAGUCUAGACUGGAUGAGAGGAAGCGGAAUAAGAUGCGCAGAAUGAGAGAGGCGCACGAGGCAGAGAAAGCAAAGGUGAUUAGCGAGGGUGGCGACGUCACAGAGCUAAUGAAGCAGCAGGAGCAGGAGAUGGCCGCGCUGGAGGCUGGGUUCGAUGCCGAGGAAGCACGAGGUGUGGCUGAGAUCACCAAGAAACUGAACGAGGAGCACAAAGAGGUCAUCAAACAGACUCACAGAGGACUUCUAGACAAGCUGACCAAAGAUAACAACCUGGACGCAGUCCUCCAGCAGCAGAUCAUGGACCAGUUCCGUAAAGAUAAUGAGCUCUUGCAAGAACAGCUUGAACAGCGCAAGAACAAGAGCCUCAUGGACACCAAGGCGAAACUUGCAGCGCGUCUAGCCCGUAGACAAGAGGAGGCCAGACGCAAAACCGAGGAGGACUCGGCCAAACGCAUCCUGGAAGAGCAAAGCCUGGCACUUGCGGCUAACAAACCUAAGGAUGCUGAUCACGUGGUCGUCCCGGAAGUGAUCAUCCCACGGGAAACCCCCGAAGAGCAGGCGCUGAAGAAGGAGCAGGAGCGCGUUAUCCAGGAGAUGAAGGUUCGUCAUGCAGAGGAAGCGCAGAGACUGAAAGAGAAACUUGAACGAGAGCUUAAAACCGACGAGGAAGCGGCCAUGCAGAUGAAGACCGCAGACCAGGAGCGUAGUCUUAGGGAGCUGAAAGAUCGACACGCAGCGGAGCUGUCAGCGCGCGGGAAUAACAUGAGCCCCGAGGAGCUACAACAGUUGCUCGCGCAGCACCAGCAAGAGGUCGAUGACGCCAUGGAGAAGCUGGAUGCAGACCGCAGUCGCCAGCAGUCGAGUCUGCAGCAGAAGCUUGCAGAGAAAAGACGCAAGAAGCUGGAGGCUCAGAAGCGCAAGCAGGAGCGUGAGAUGACGAGGGAGGUGAUGGAGCAGAAGAAGGAGCUACAGGAUAUCCGCACCGAGCACGUAAAGGAAGCUGAAAAGCAGGCGAUGAUCGAAGGCAUACGAGAGAACGGUGUUGAAGCGGCUGAGUUUGUUAUAAGAAAGGUCCUGGAUAAGCGGCAGGGCCAAGAACUGAAAGACCUUGAGCGCAUGUACAUGGAAGAAAGACGAGUCGCAGUCGACGAAGCGUUGGCCAAGAUGGAAGAUCGUCACGCGCAGCAACAAGAGGAGCUCCGACUCCAAGACAAACAAGAGCUGGAGGCGCUGGAGAGCGAAAGGCUGAGCCCAGAGGAACUUCAGCAGAGACGCGCGCAACUGUUAAACCAGCAGCAGCUGCGACGGAGCGCCAUGGACAAGAAGCAUUCCGAGGAGAGGAGGAAGAUCCAGCAGGGUGCACUCACCGACUGGGAGGUCCGAUUCGCCAGGGCUAAGCUGGAGCUCAAGGAGAAACACUACAAGGAAUACGCCGACUGUUUGAACCAGCUGACCCCGGAGCAGGCUGAGGAGCAUCGCAAGUCUGUGGAGAAGGCAAUGGCGGCGGCCCGAGAGCUCGAGGAGGUCAAGAAGAAACUUGACGAGCAGCGCGCAGAGAACGAGGACAAGUUACGGCAACAGAACCAAGAAUUUGAAGAGGAACAGCGGCGUCGUCUGGAAGAGGAGAUGGGAGCUUUUGAGAAGCAGCUAGAGGAGGAGGAGGAAGAGGAGAAGAAGAAGAACGAGAAGGCUAUCUUGGCACUCAACGCUCGAAAAGAGACACUACUCAAGGAAAAGAAAGCCAAGGUGAAGCAAGAGAUUGAAAAAUUAGGCAAACAGGGUGCAUCCAAAGAGGAUCAAGACGCGAUCCUUAAGGAACACAGUAAAGACCUAGCAAAACUCAUGAACAAGAUGGACGCUGACCGCAUGCGCAUGCAAAGCUCGCUUGAGGAGAGACUGAAGAAGAAACGCGAGGCCAAGCGCAACGCCAAGAUGACGGAGGUCUCGGGGCAACUAGAGGAAGAGAAGAUUGAGUACGAAGAGAAACAACAAGCAGAACAGGACAAGGCGCAGGCCGAAGAGGUGCUCGCUCUACAAGAAAGUAUCCAAGUUGAUAACCUCGUGGCGCAGACCAUCGAGUCCGAGGCUCCACUGCCACCGAAACCUGUCGUACAGGCCAUGCCGGAGAGUUAUCGAUUGGCUGCGCCAAUUGCCGAGGGAGAAUUGACUAACCUUUUGAUGUCAUCGCCAUUGUAUCAGAAACUGGAUAGCAUCAAGUCCCUGUUGCGAAGUGGCGCUGGCAAGGGCGGUUCCUUCAACACGCCAGCUCCCGGAGAAGGUUACAUCGACAUCAAGGAUGACACCCUGUACGGAGGUGAUGACGAUCUCGUGCCAGUCGACCUCAACACCUUGUCCGGCCGCGCCUUUGUCGUCUAUAAAUUCGGCAGCUUCAUCGUUGAUCUGCUUGCCGUGCACUGCCAUCACCUACCGGUCACCCUCCUACUCGCCCAGAAGCUCCCCCCUAACGCGCACCUGGAGAGGAACGCCUAUAGAAAUUCCUUCUUCUACGACGCGCACAACAGGAUUUUGUACCUCCGCACGGAACGUAUGGAUAACGUCGGCGAGUUCGUGGUGGUACUUGUACACUGUCUCGCUCAUGUCGCCGCAGGAGAUCUCCGCGAUGACUCAAGUCCAGCCUUUCUCAAGGAGUUCCACCGCUGCCUCGCUGUUGUCUGUGAUGACUUGUUCUUCUCGCGGUAUCGACGAUCAUCUGCGUUGUCGCACACUCUUGCGUCACUAUCGCCGGAAGUGGAUGUGGAGAGCGCGAGCAAGGAGCUCCUGGAGGCGGUAUUUGGGGACGCGCAUGUUGAAGCGGACAAAGCAAAUGUUGUGGAGGAACUAUUGGAUCUUAAGCUGCUGCGAGGAGCGAACAAGGAAGGCGUGCACUUCACCCAGGAAGGUAUCAAGGAACGGCUGGCUAAGUACAGUAGCUUCUCUCUGAGUUCUAAUGUCUUGUCCUACCUCGGGAAUGUCGAGGAGCGCAUUUCAAACGCGAGACUGCAGGGAUCCGAGGAGUACAUAGACAAGCGUCUUCAAGAGCUGUCGGGUCCGAAGGCCAAGGAUAGACCUAUGUCACGCUAUGCGCAGUCACGCGGUGGAUUGAUGAGAGAACCCACGUCACGCCAGAUGUCACGGACCAUGGCCGUGUCACGCACUGCUACCAGCUUGCCCCUUUCUGGCAAGAAGCAACAGCAGCAGGGCGUUAAGGAUGAGGACUUGUACAAAACCUUCCUUGAGGUCCAAGUCGAUGACGUACAAGACAAAGUAGACAACUUGGACGAGGAGUUCGCGCGCCUCUCGCAUCAGGCUCUCGACGCAGACACCAACAUCCGGGACCUUGAACACGAGAUGAUGGCUCAGAUGGACCUUAUUAGGGACUCGGCCGAGAGUUCUCCUGAGCAUGCGCAGCAUAGGCGACUCAUACGCGAGACCGCGAGCAAACUGACCAGCGCUAAGUCCCAUCGUGACUCGCUCGCACUUCAGAAAGCGAACUGCCUGCAGAGGCUUGGACUAUUUAAAAAACAACUAGAAGAAAAGUCGAGUCAGCUAGAACUCCACGAGAGUAAACCGGCAAGUGAACGCCAACAGCAGACAGAUAAGAAAUUACAGGCGCUGACCAAAGGACAGAAAAAACGCACAAAGAAGUAGUUACCUUCAAAGGUAUAGAUUAGUUCCACUCCAGGAUGCCUGUGGUUAAAUAAACUCACAGGCAACCCGUAACACACUAGUAAUCAUUUUAUCUCGAUUGUAUGGGCGUAUCAUAACACAUGAGGAUUUUGGUUUCUGGAAUUCCUCUGAAAUUAGUAUUUAUUUGAUUAGAAUUUUUGUUAAUAUUUAAUUGUUGAUUGCCCAAUCUCAUUGUAAAUCUGGGUUUAGUAUAGUCUGAUUUGCAGCCAGUCUAAGUUUCACGCACGCUUUUAACACUACCGACAGCUGAAAACCAAACCAAUAGCUAGUUGAGAAGGCGUGCCUGACAGUAAAAGCGGCUGGUAAGCAGAUUACGCUUAAUAGAGCUAUUUAUUUUUUGUAUGAGACUAUUUUUAUACAUAUCUGUAGAUAGAAGUGGAUCUUACACCACACCACUCUAAGUAGGGCACCAUACAGCGCAGGUACUUGGUGUAACAUAUCGCACACGAAUAGCAGUAGACAGGUACUAUGACAACACCAUGUACAAAUUAUUAACGCAGCUGGAGACCAAAAAAUACGUUCAUAUCUGUGCAAUAAAAUCACGUUUUUACA